GGAUCGGAAAGGUCGUCGUUGUGGAUUACACAGUUUGCUCCUGUGCAGUGGCAGCAUUUACCGUGCGGCUCGUAUCCUGACGGUUUCCGACUUGUCUUUCGAUUUCCAAAACAGGUGAAAAAUCUCGCUGCUAAGAAGAAUGGCCGCAAAGUACCGCAUUGUGAUGGUUCGCCACGGCGAAUCGGAGUGGAACCAGAAGAAUCUGUUCUGCGGCUGGUUCGAUGCUAACCUGAGCGACAAGGGUAAGGAGGAAGCCCUGGCCGCCGGAAAGGCCGUGAAGGAGGCGGGCCUGAAGUUCGACAUUGCCCACACGUCGCUGCUCACCCGUGCCCAGGUCACGCUGGACUCGAUCCUGAAGGAGUCGGGCCAAACGAGCAUCCCGAUCCAGAAGACCUGGCGCCUGAACGAGCGCCACUACGGUGGCCUGACCGGGCUGAACAAGUCCGAAACGGCGGCCAAGUACGGCGAGGAGCAGGUGCUGAUCUGGCGCCGCAGCUUCGAUGUUCCCCCGCCCAACAUGGAACCGGACCAUGCGUACUACGAUGCGAUCGUCAAGGACGAGCGGUACAAGGACGACCCGAAACCGAAUGAGUUCCCGAUGGCCGAAUCGCUGAAGCUGACGAUCGCCCGCACCCUGCCGUACUGGAACGACGUUAUCAUUCCGCAGCUGAAGGAGGGCAAGAACAUUAUCAUUGCCGCGCACGGCAACAGCCUGCGCGGUAUCGUGAAGCAUCUGGACCAGAUGACGGAUGAGGCGAUCAUGGGCCUGAACCUACCCACCGGCAUCCCGUUCGUGUACGAGCUGGACGAGAACCUGAAGCCGGUCGUGUCGAUGAAGUUCCUCGGCGAUGAGGAGACGGUCCGCAAGGCGAUCGAAUCCGUCGCUAACCAGGGCAAGGCCAAGUAAGGCGGCAAACGGGAGGAUACCCAUGCCAAAACCCGGAAGUUGCUAUUCGAAUAUGCCCCCCUUUAUGUUUCCGUUUUUGUGUGAUGCGUCCCUCGUUUAGAAGCUGUUGUUUGAGACAGGAAGUCAGUCAGUCUGCCAAGUCAGUAAUUUAUUUAUAGCGUAGCGGGGUGCGGGGUAGAGUGCACCACUCUAUUACACAAACUCUCUCUCGCACACACACAGCAGCUGCAGCAACACUAGCGUGUGUUGGGCGCGUAUCAACAGGGCUAGACCAGAUUCCACGAAUCGUAAUCUUAAUUGUAUUGUUCAGGAUAAUUGUCAUGAAAUAAAGCAUAAUUUGUUGACUGUCUGUAAA